UUGCAUACUGAUUUUUCUAUACAAUCCGGACUCUAUACUGAUUAAUUUCAGUCUAUAUAAGAAUGCUAACCCACACCCACAAACUAAAACAUAUGAGAAGAAAAGAUUAAUUGGUUUUUGUUUAUCUGUGUCUUGUUGUAGUUCUGUCAUUACUUACAGCAAUGGAGAGACAACAACUGUUUCAUGUUUCUGAUUCUUGUUCUAUUCUCAAGAAAAUUAAGAAUCCAAAUAAAAGAAAAGAAUGUGAAUGUCAACAUGCCGAGAGAGAAGUGUUUGCUGGGUCCCCGCCACCUUUCAAUGAGCAUCCUUUUUGGUUCAAGAAGCCAAAAACAAGCAGCGGAAUUGGUUCCAUUGUUGUUGCUUCAAGAAAUCCAGGGAGGGUUGUAAAGGAACCAAAGCUUUUUGAUGAAAACUGGGUUUUCAAGAACUCUGUUGAUAGUGAUUCAAGAAACAAAGAAUCUGCGGAAGAGUUGGAGAGAAGGGUGGCUUUUAAUCUUAGGACGAUGAGAUCGUCUUUUAGCCUUGGGGAUUUGCUAGAGGAGAGGUCUCGUGGGGUAUCAACUCAACUAAGUCUGUAUCAUCAUGACCCAUUCGAGAUCAAGAAGAAGAUGAAGCCAAGUGAUCUGGGUAAUCUAUGCAGGCUGCUUGUGUCUGCAGAUUUGGUUGAGAAACAUAUCCUGCCUUUCUUGAACGAGGAUCAAACUAAACAGGUUAUAAUUCCGAAUCAAGAAAGGAAUGGUUUGAAGGUCUGGGUUAGGGAUAUUGACACUGAAAGUAUGCAUCAGUUGGUCUUCAAAAGAUGGAGCACUUCUAAAAGUUAUAUUUUCAAUGAUGGCUGGACAAAGCACUUCGUUAAAAGGAGGAAUUUGGUUGAAGGAGAUGAAAUUGGACUCUACUGGGACAAUGAUCAGUCAAGAUUUCAUUUCAGUGUUCUGAGUAGAGCUGCUGCUACUGGCUAAGACUAAGAUUUUGUAUUUGCUCUUAGGUUAUGUUUGAUUGUUGUUUAGAAUCUGAGAUGCUUGCUUGUUUUAUUGUAGUCAACUUCUGUUGUUAUUAUUCUGUUAUAAUCAAUCCAGUUUAGU